AUGUGGUUCAUGUACGUGCUGAGCUGGCUGUCGCUCUUCAUCCAGGUGUCCUUCAUCACGCUGGCCGUCGCGGCCGGACUCUAUUACCUGGCGGAGCUGAUAGAAGAGUACACAGUGGCCACCAGCAGGAUCAUAAAAUACAUGAUCUGGUUCUCCACGGCUGUGCUGAUUGGCCUCUACGUCUUUGAGCGCUUCCCUACCUGCAUGAUUGGCGUGGGCCUCUUCACCAACCUCGUCUACUUUGGCCUCCUCCAGACCUUCCCCUUCAUCAUGCUGACCUCGCCCAACUUCAUCCUGUCGUGCGGACUAGUGGUGGUGAAUCAUUACCUAGCAUUUCAGUUUUUUGCGGAGGAAUAUUAUCCUUUCUCAGAGGUCCUGGCCUAUUUCACUUUCUGUCUGUGGAUAAUCCCGUUUGCGUUCUUCGUGUCCCUGUCGGCCGGGGAGAACGUCCUGCCCUCCACCGUGCAGCCAGGAGAUGACGUGGUCUCCAAUUACUUCACCAAAGGCAAGCGGGGCAAACGCUUAGGGAUCCUGGUUGUCUUCUCCUUCAUCAAAGAGGCCAUUCUACCCAGUCGUCAGAAGAUGUACUGA